AUGGCCAAGGAACUCGUACCCAAGUAUGAUCCGAACACUGAGGCGUUCCAGGCGCGAGCUCAGUGGAAGAAAGUGGAUAAUUGUCGGAAACAGUGGAUUGAGAGGUGGAGCUGGUUACUGGAUGAAAGAAAACAGGCUCAGAUCGAAGCGGAUGCGAUCCGUCAGGAGGUUGCCACUGUUUUGCCACAUGUCACGGGCAAAUUGGAAUCCACGAAAUCAUUGAAACCAGUGCCCAUCGUAUCGUCGGGCAUUAUCGGCUGGCUAGCUGCCAAACCGGACUGCCAGUUAGAAAUUUACCCGUCAUGGAUUACCAAAAUUCCUUUAAGACUUCCAGAUGCCUGGGAUGACAAAAACUAUACCUAAGAAGAUCAUUAAUGUUUGAAAAAUAUACUUUCAUUUUAAUUUCCUGUUUCAAUAAUUUAAUUGUUAAAUUACGCAUUUUAAUAAAAUAUUCAUUUAGUC